AACUAAAAAGACGCUUUUUUGUAAAAAUCAGAAUUAAUAUUGUAUUAAGUUAAUAAUAUAAACAAGUAACUAAGUGAAUAAAAGUGCUUAAAUAGCCGUCAUGUCUAUCGAAAUCGAAUCUGCAGACGUUAUACGACUAAUCCAACAAUAUUUGAAGGAGUCCAACCUGCUGAAGACGCUACAAACUUUGCAAGAGGAAACUGGAGUCUCACUCAAUACCGUUGACAGCGUCGAUGGCUUCGUGCAGGACAUUUCGAACGGACACUGGGACACAGUGCUUAAGGUAACCCAAUCACUUAAGCUGCCUGAUAAGAAACUACUCAAUCUCUAUGAACAAAUCGUCUUGGAACUGAUAGAGCUGCGAGAGUUGGGAGCUGCACGUUCGUUACUGCGUCAAACGGAUCCCAUGAGCAUGUUGAAACAACAUGAGCCGGAGCGUUACAUACAUUUAGAAAAUAUGUUGCAGCGCGCAUACUUCGAUCCUCGAGAGGCGUAUGCGGAGGGCAGCAGCAAGGAGAAGCGUCGCACAGCAAUUGCCCAGGAGUUGAGUGGCGAAGUGCAUGUGGUGCCGUCGUCUAGGCUUCUGGCGUUGCUCGGCCAGGCUUUAAAAUGGCAACAGCAUCAAGGUCUUCUUCCACCCGGCACUACCAUCGAUUUGUUCCGCGGCAAAGCAGCCAUGAAGGAUCAAGAAGAGGAAAUGUAUCCCACCCAACUGUUUCGACAGAUCAAAUUCGGUGAAAAGUCGCACGUGGAGUGUGCACAGUUUUCACCAGAUGGACAAUAUUUGAUAACUGGUAGCGUCGAUGGCUUCCUUGAAGUUUGGAACUUUACCACUGGUAAAGUGCGUAAGGAUUUGAAAUACCAGGCACAGGACCAGUUCAUGAUGAUGGAGCAAGCCGUGCUGGCAUUAAAUUUCUCUCGUGACUCGGAGAUGGUUGCAUCGGGUGCCCAGGAUGGCCAAAUAAAGGUUUGGCGAAUCAUCACCGGUCAAUGCCUGCGCAAGUUCGAGAAGGCACACACCAAGGGCAUCACCUGUCUGCAGUUCUCCCGCGACAACAGUCAAGUUCUCAGUGCUUCAUUUGAUUACACUGUGCGCUUGCAUGGCCUCAAGUCGGGUAAAAUGCUGAAAGAGUUCAAAGGUCACACGUCAUUUGUCAACGAGACAACGUUCACGCCAGAUGGCCACAGUGUUCUCAGCGCAUCCUCCGACGGCACAGUCAAGGUCUGGUCGUUGAAGACUACGGAAUGUGUGGCUACCUACAAGCCAUUGGGCAAUGAAUUGGCCGUUAACACGGUGUUGAUACUGCCAAAGAAUCCAGAGCACUUUAUCGUCUGCAAUAGAUCCAACACGGUUGUCAUCAUGAACAUGCAGGGACAAAUUGUGAGAUCGUUCUCAUCGGGUAAGCGCGAGGGUGGCGCCUUUAUCUCAGCAACUCUGUCGCCUCGAGGCGAGUUCAUUUACUGCGCUGGCGAGGAUCAGGUGCUCUAUUGUUUUUCGGUCUCCUCAGGCAAGCUGGAGCGUACUUUAAAUGUGCAUGAAAAGGACGUCAUUGGACUAACCCAUCAUCCGCAUCAGAAUCUUCUAGCCAGCUAUAGUGAAGAUGGCCUGCUGAAGCUGUGGAAGCCAUAAAAUAUGUUAGCGAUUGCCAAUUAUUUGCAUACUAAGUUUUAUUUAGUAGCUUUAGCUUUUACCUAUCAAACUAUUUUACCUAUUUAACUGCCUCGUCAUCAUCAAAAUAUAUUCUAAUAAAAUGCCCAAAAAUUGGACUAUAAAUGUAA